AUGCGGGGUAACGCGGGGCCCCGCCUGGAGCUUGGACCUCGGAGACAUCGCCGAGUACUCCGUAAAGAACGGGGAAUUACCUCGCGUUCUCACGUCAACCAGAGUGUCGGAUCUCUACUCGGCCUGCACAGUCACCAUGUCCUCCACCCCCAGCUACUCGCCGCCGCCUCGACCAGCCGCACCCUUGCGGCGUGCCAGAAUCGCCUGCAAGCCCUGUCACGCCCGUCGAGUGAAGUGCGACGUGUCAGAAUCCCAGCCCUGCUGGCACUGCAGAACACGACAGACGCCGUGCGAACUGAUCGAGUCACGACGGGGAAAGUAUGUCAGGAAGAAAACUGGUCAUGCAGCUACCAAACUGCGCGCCGACGCACUGCUGCAGCGCAGCCCAUUGUCCAGGAGCAGCAAUCGCAGCCUGCCUCAGCAACUCCUUAUUCUGAUCCUGCGGCGACAACGACGACAAACUUGUCACGAACCCAUGACGACGCAAUUGCCACGACCUCCCAGCAUGGCAAUGUUGAGGGGAAAGAGGCAGUCCUCGAGCAGCAACAGCAGCAGCCAGGAGAAGAGGAAGAGGGCCCGGAGAUGCUGUUUGCGCGCAUGGCAGAGCCAGAACCCGCAAAGGACAGCCCCGGGGGGUUGAUGCAAUCCAAGGGACGAUCUUACUACCUGGGCGAGUCGUUCAGUCUGGCCUUCAUCGUUAAGACCGUUUGCAGUCCAUCUGGCAGCGAGGCCGACGUGAAGGUGCACUACCCCGUGCCGCCGUCUGUGGCAGACCGCGCGAUCCACGCGCGAGGGAGCGAUGGAUACGGCGAGCCACUGCCCUUCCACGACGCCUUUGUGACGCCUCCGCGGGAUGUCAGCGACGAGCUGGUGCGCACGUUCUUCGACUGCAUCCACCCGGCCUAUCCGGUAUUUGAUCGCCGCUCCUUCACCAGUCUAUAUCAGCAGGGCCAGAUGAGCAUGCUGGUGCUGCAGACGAUCUAUUUCCUCGCCCUGACUGUCUGUCGUGAGGAGCUCGUCAGCAAAGCCGGAUUCCCAGACCGGGCCACCGCCCGACGGACGCACUAUCUGCGUGCCAAGGCGCUCUACGAUGUCGACUACGAGAAGGACCGGAACAACCUGGCGGCGGUGUUGUUUCUGCUGGGGUUCUGGUGGGCAGGGCCCGAGGACCAGAAGGAUACCUGGCAUUGGCUGGGUUGUGCGAUCAGUCUGGCGCAGACGUUAGGCAUGCACCGGUCCACAGCGCAGUCUGGCAUGAGUCAGCGGCACCGGUCUCUGUGGAAGCGGAUCUGGUGGUCGAUUUACGUCCGCGACAGGCACGCUGCAGCCGCUCUUGGUCGCCCGUGCCGGAUCCGUGACGAAGACUGUGAUAUUGAGCUGCUCACUCCGGAGGAUUUUCAGGUCGACGAGGGGUAUGAUGUGCGCCUGAUUUGCGUCCAGCAGGACUUUCACAUUUCGUAUGCCAUUGAGAUGUUGAAAUUGGCUGUUAUCCUUGGCAGGAUCCUCACUGGAGAAUUCUCGCCCCGCCGUAACCAGAUCACUGGAUACAAUCCCAAGGCGCUGGCAGAUGAGCUCUCCCGAUGGGAGUCUCAGCUUCCGCGCGAGUUGCACCGGGCUCCGGUGGAUGAGUCUCUCGGGGCGCCGUUCUGGGCGUGCAUGUUGCAUGCCAACUACAAUAACUGCCAGAUCCUGCUCUUCCGCCCCAAGUCCGUCGAACUCGUCUCGCGGGUCGAGAUCGAGCGAGAUACCAUGUCCCGGAUGGCAGCAGACUCGACAACCCGGAUUGCAGAGGACCUUUUGGCCGCGGGGACCCUGACGUAUGGCCAGCUGCAUCUCGUUCCGGCCCUCUUCGCAGCCCUGUCUAUCCACGCUAUCGUCAUCCGUCGCAAGGAUCCCAUCCGUCGACAGCUGGCCGAGAAUCGCUCCCGGCAGUGUAUGCUCGCGCUCAGCGAGCUGGCUAAGUGCUGGCCUGUCGGAGGCUGGAUCUUGCGGCUGUUCAUCAAUCUUAUGCGGAGACUGACAGGCCAAGGAUUUGGAUUCGAGAACAACACAAGUAGUGGUGGUGGUAGUGGUGCAAAUAAUCCCACGUCCUCUUCCUCUCAGCAGCCGCGCGAUCUGUCCAAUGCAAUAUCAACCCAGCACGGACUUUCCUCUUCGUCAGGGUCCUCUCUUCAUGAUCCACAGGGAAAGGUGCCAGCAACUCUGCACCCUUUGGACGGAUGCGACCUCAAUCCGGGGCACCAACAACAGCAGCAGCAGCAGCAGCUCCGAAGCGGGAAUAGUGAUGGCGGGCAAGACUUUGCCCGGACUAACAACAGCAGACAGAUAGACCUGAUGCAGCAAGCCGACCAGCUGCUGUCCGAUGCCCUGUGGGCACCCAAUCCGGACGGCGGGUUCGACUUUGACUUCCUUUUCCAGAGCGCGUCGGGGGGAUUUCUCGCUGGGCCGGGACCAGGACCAUGCAGCUUUGGCAUGAAUGCUGAUCCGGACGUGACGGGGUUCUGA